AUGGACCCUGCAAACCCAUAUGAUAGAGUACAUUCGGACAACGACGAUAGUGACGACGCUCUGCAUCCUACACAACCGCGACAGCUUCCAUCGCAGCAAGACUGGGCGCGAAUUAGACAUGUCUUCGAGGAAGAGUAUAUCAACCGCGGUCGACGCCUCAAAGACGUCCAACGCACUCUACAACAGGAGCAUGGCUUCUACGCAACGACCAAGAUGUACAAAACGCGCAUCAAAUCUUGGCGCCUCCGCAAAUACGUUAAGGCAAGCGAGAAGGAGCAGAUCGCCUCUUUCAUCAAUGACAACGACAUUAAGGGCGACACGCUACAGAAGCUCAAAUUCAACGGCCGCCCGGCUCGACUCGACCUUGUACGCCGAUACUGCAAGAAGACCGGUGUCCACGAAAAUAUUGCCAACGCCCUUCCCACCAAGGCUCUGGAGCAGCAGCUUCUCCGCGUCGGUGAGCGCUCUACUGGAGACAGUACUACCGCUACCCCGCCAGCAACACUUCUGACGCCUCCUGGCUCCAGUCACAGACGUGGGCGAUCCCUUUCUUCAGCUCCAGCCGACAUCACACCCCCCCGUACCUCCUUGUCCGACCCUGCCGAAUCCGUUGCCUGGCACGUGCAACAGUAUUUCGAAUGGCAUCUGGCCCCUCAACCAUCUGCAUCGAUGGCUAUCCCGUCGCCAGUGGCUUUCGCGCCGCUAGCAGCCUCAAGCACGGUUCAGUCAGGGCAAGCUGCCGCCAAAGUCGCGACCUUCUUUGAGAAGAUUCUUCUGGCGCUAGAGAGCAUCCCUGGCCAGGCUCGAAACGGAGGAUGGCUGCUCGUUCACCAGGCCUGCAGUCAGGCCAAGGUCAUUAUUGAUGAACAGCAUCGAGCCUUCUUGAGGUUGUUCAUCAUGACCUUCACCGACGAGCGCUGGAGUUUCCUCCCAGGGCUGCGACCGGCACUCUUACGCUAUCUUGCCAAAUUGUCGUCCGUCAUUCUUGGAGACGAACACGAUCUAUCGUGUAUCUUACGCCUGCUCAAGUCAGAACAGGUACUGGACUGCGCUGCUGAACCAGCUCUGAGAAUCAUGGUUGAGAUUCUGACCAAGGAAAGAGGGCAAAUGGAUAACGAGACAUGUCAAGCCAAGCGAUCGCUCGUCGACCUUCUCAAGAGGCGCCACCUCUUCGACGAGGCUAUCCAGAUAGGCAACUCGAUGUGCGUGGAGAGCAACAAUCUACACGGGAGAAACCAUGCUUUGACACGAGGGGCUAUCAGGCGCCUCGCCGAUACAUACGUUGAUCAGGGCCGCCGCGACAUUGCACGAAGCGGCUACCAGGAGGUCCUUAACCGGUCUACCACGACCGAUCCAACCAAUUUCUUGAGCCAACCUACGGUCGUCAUCGACGAGGCUACCAUAUUCAGUCUUCACGCACUUUGUGAGAUCGACCGAGGUCGUGCAGACUUCAAGGCUAGAGACAUCCCAUUUGAGCAAGUUCUCGAUACCGUGCUCACGGAACUUGGAACUUCCAAGGAAGAUGUCAUGUCCUGUUUGGCAACCUGGUGUCAGCCCCUCGUCCUUCGACAGAGGUGGCUUGGCUCGAAUCUAUACAGUGACCGGCUGCUGGCGCGGUGGGCAAUAUCUCGAAGUUAG